GAAUGGGUUCCCCUCAUCAUUCAACGGGAAAUAUGGUUUCAUUCGCUAUAAGAUUGAGGCAAUUCUACACAAAGACUGGGAUUUAUUUCGGAAGGAAGUGA